GCCCACCGCGGACGUUACAAUGGAGAAGUUCUCCCAAUUUCGGGAUCGAGGCUCGGGCAUCGCGCCCUUCCUCCCCAUUCCAGCCGAGCCACUCGGUAUUCAAGCACCCCUCCGGCUCUUCUUGUUCUGCUUUCGACUCCCGAUCUUCAUCUUUGUCACUGUCUCCUACUUUUUGUUCCUGCAAUGGCUUCCAAUUGGAUCCUUGGGCAAGAAAGCGGCCUUGUGGUGUAUCUUGGGUGUUCCCAGUAUCUGGUGGAUUGACCUACAGGUGGACGGAGUGAGGAAAGGAUCCCUCUCCAAGCAACAACAAGCCCGUCUACCACAGCCAGGCUCGGUCAUCGCGUCCUCAUUCACUUCCCCGAUUGACGCUGUUUACUUGGCUGCCAUCUUCGAUCCAGUCUUCACGGCAUCUUUCCCAAACACUCGUCAAGUCGAGCACAUCUCCCUGCUCCAAGCUAUCUUCCGCGCUUUUGCGCAGCCCUUGGCCGAACCCGAGCCCAGUACAAAGCUAGUCGACGUGUCCACAUUGGUGGAGAAAUACCCCAACCGACCCAUCGUUAUCUUUCCAGAAUGCACCACCACUAAUAGCCGGGGUAUCUUACCCCUGAGCCACUCCCUACUGGGCGUCCCUUCAAAGACAAAGAUCUUCCCCGUCAGUCUCAGGUACACUCCCGUCGAUGUGGUCACCCCGCUCCCCGGUAGCUACUUCAGUUUCCUGUGGACGCUACUGAGUCGGCCCACGCAUUGCAUUCGAGUGCGCAUCGCCGAAUGCAUCAUGAUUGGACGCAGUGCAUUCGAUGCGCCUCCCGCUCGGUCAACCCGGAAGUCCACCUUUAACACCAACUACCUCGACACGCUGGACGAGGACACCGCGACUGGCGAUGUCACUGCCAGUGAGAAGGCGCUUCUUGACCAGGUUGGCGAGUCUUUAGCCCGUCUCGGCCGGGUGAAACGUGUUGGACUUGGCGUGGAAGAGAAGCAGGAGUUCGUGCGGAUGUGGAGUAAGACGCGGCGUAGCUGGUAAUAGAAUUCGCACUUUCUUUUGUUUACGGCUGAAUGUCUUUCUUCGGGUCAUAUUAUAUAGAGUGUU